AUGGAAGACACAUAUGAGGAAGAAGAUCUUUUGAAUCUUAGCCUUGCCAUUGUUACAAAUUCAGGGAGUGAUGAGAGGAUAAGGAAGAGGAAGAGAAGGGAUACUUUAAGCCCUAUGCAGCAGCAUUUGUAUGAAGGUUGUGAAGGGAAGAUAUUUAGGCUUCUCCAAAUGAGGGAACAAAUGCUAAAACUUGAGUCCCACAAGGUCAGAAAAGCAGUAGUAGUUGAAGAUGGAAAUGGGCUCCAUUUGAUCCAUUUAUUGCUCAUUACAGCCACAGCAAUUGAUCAAAACAAGGUGAGCUCGGCUUUGGAGAAUCUAAGCGAGUUGUACCAAAAUGUGUCCUUAAAUGGAGACUCAGUGCAAAGAGUGGUGGCCUACUUUGCAGAUGGUUUGGCAGCAAGGCUGCUUACACGAAAAUCUCCCUUCUAUGACAUAAUCAUGAAGGAACCAACAAAUGAAGAAGAGUUUUUUGCUUUUACUCAUCUCUACCGCGUGUCGCCUUAUUACCAAUUUGCUCAUUUCACAGCAAACCAGUCCAUAAUAGAGGCCUUUGAGAGGGAGGAAGCUAUAAACAACAGAACAUUGCAUGUAAUUGAUUUUGAUAUCUCAUAUGGCUUUCAAUGGCCUUCACUUAUCCAAUCUCUUUCUGAAAAGGCAUCAAGUGGAAAUCGAAUCUCUCUCAGAGUAACGGGGUUUGGAAGAAGCUUGGAAGAACUGCAAGAAACAGAAAACAGACUGGUAAGCUUCUCAAAGGGGUUCCGUAACUUAAGCUUUGAAUUCCAAGGACUGUUAAGAGGUUCCAAGCUCAUUUACCUAAAGAAGAAGAAAGACGAAACAUUGGUUGUAAAUUUAGUUUUCUAUCUGGAUACUUUGAAUAAUUAUCUUGAGGUUUCUGACACUUUGAAAUCUAUACAUUCACUUAAACCCUCCAUUGUAAUCUUAGUGGAACAAGAAGGAAGCCGAAGCUCGCGAAGCUUCUUAUCAAGAUUCAUGGAAUCAUUGCAUUACUUUGCAGCCAUGUUUGAUUCAUUGGAUGAUUGUCUUCCGCUAGAGAGUGCCGAGAGGUUGGGCAUUGAGAAGAACCAUCUUGGUAAAGAGAUCAAAAGCUUGCUUAACUAUGACAAUAUUAGUGGUAUAAAUUGCCCAAAACAUGAGAAGAAGGAAACAUGGAAGGCAAGUAUGGAGAGUCAUGCUUUUAGGGCAGGUAAAUUAAGCUCCAAGUCUAUGAUCCAAGCAAAACUUCUUUUGAAAAUUAGGACCCAUUAUUGUCCUCAUCAAUUCGAUGGGGAGAGUAGUGGUGGGUUCAGGGUUUUUGAAAGAGAUGAUGGAAGAGCUGUUUCUCUUGGGUGGCAAGAUAGGUGUCUGCUUACAGCCUCUCUAUGGCAUUGUGUAUGA